CGCAAGGGACAUCCCCAGGCGAGGAGGGAGGGGCAGAUGGCGGCCUUGAUGGGCCGCUGGGCGCUGCAUGCCAGGCGGGCGGUGGUGCGAGCGGCGGAGGUGCCUACGGUGCUGGUGAGCCGCGGCUUGUGCCGACCUCACCGGGCGGGGAUUGCAGUGUUAGCAACAGCUUUGACUCGGAAUCCCUAGGCUCCGACGAUGAAGAAGGGUGUGCGGUGACAUGCUGGACGAACGCACGGCUAGCUACCGCGGCAGCCCCCGGGGUUGGGGAAGGUCCGGUUGGUGGCGCCGGCGCCACGCACUGCAUGGGCGCGUCGGGCGGCAGCCUACAUGAGGAAGCAGAUGCAGCCCAUGCAGCACACCAGGAUGGCUGCCAGUCGCUAGGGACCCAGAGCCACAUGUGCGAUGCUGGACGCGCAGGUUGCAUGCAUGGAGCCCCGGAGGAGCCGCUGGAGGACCGCAGGUGCAGCCAAGCAGCCUCCACCGGGUUGCAUCCGGCGGGGGCCAGGCGCUCCAGUGACAACACGGCGCCCAACACGGCUAAAGCGGCAAGCGGCGGCGGUGCAGGCUGCCACCGCCCGCCAGCCCCGACCCAUAAACCCCUGCCCGCCUCCCUCAGGCCCCGGCGCCAUGUCCCUGGAGCCUGGCCUCCUCCCCCUCCUCCGCCUCCUCCAACAGCACGCCGGGGUCCCUUGGGGCCCUCGUCCUCCUCCGCCGCCGCUGCUGCCUCCGCAGCUAAGCGCAGCCCCAGCGCAGUCGGCCGCCCCACUGGGACUGCUGCUGCGGAGGGAGGAGCAGUCCCCCAUGCCACCAGCUGCAGCAGCGGUGGCGGCAGCGACGUCAGCCACACCACCACCACGCUCCACCGAACCGCCUCUUCCGCUGGCUCACCCGCCCUUGCACCCCAGCCCUCCUACCACCUGCAUCCGCCACCGUCUACAGAGCCCAGUGCCUCAGCUCCCACAAACCCUCAUCGCAACGGUGCUACUGCUGCAGCCACCCGUAAUACUACCACUGCUGCUGCACCCCCCAUGCUGGCCGCCAAUGCGGUGGCUGUGGGGCCACCGGCAGGCCCCGGGCCGCUGUCCUUCAGCGCUGUGGAUCUGGAGCGGCUGCGUGCGGCGGAGGUACGGCGGCGGCAGGCGGCUGACGAGGCGGCGCGGCGGCUGGCGGCGGAGCUGGCUCGCGAGCUGGAGCAGCUGGCGGGGGUGCACCGCAGGAGGGCGCUGCUCAAGUGGUGUGGGCUGCACCCCUGGCAGCAGUUGCUGGAGGCGGCGCGGCGGGACCUGCAGCAGGCGGCGCAGCACCACCGGGG